AUGGGCAGUGGUUUUGCUGGGGUUCAAGUCUCCUUCUCUCUCCAUCCCCCCUUCACAGAGAAGCUGGCCCCACCCACCAUCACAGCCUCCACCUUGGCGCCCCUGGAGCUGCGGGACUCUGUGACCCUGAGCUGCCAGUCCCCAAGCAAUGACGCCACCUUCCAGUGGUACACUGGCAAGGAGCCUGUGGUGGGCAGCGGGCAGCUGGAGCUGUCCCUGGACCAGCAGAGACUGACUAUCCACCAGGUGACCCGGAAUGAUUCAGGACCUUACCACUACGAGGUCAAGAACCCUGCCAUCACCAGGCUCAGUGAGCCCCUGCUCCUCUGUGUCACCUAUGGUCCAAACAUGCCCCCAGUAACCGCCACUGACCUCAGCUUCAUAGUUGGGUUCGACCUCACCCUCUCCUGCUCCACCAUGUGCAACCCUCCAGCCCAGUACUCGUGGACGAUCAGUGGGAACCCAGGGCCCUCUGGCCAGCAGCUCUUCCCGUCCACCUGGGCACUUGGAGUCUACACCUGCGAGGCCACCAACCCUGCCUCAGGCAGCCGCAGUGCCACAGACACCCUGAUUAUCAUCCCUGAGACACUUCCCCAGCCCAGUGUCACAGCCAGUAACUUAGCCCCAGCGACGCAUGUGGAAUCCAGCAGCCUGCACUGCUUCCCCCCAGGGAGCACCGUGGCCCUCCAGUGCUAAGUCAGCGGCCAGAAUCUCUUCCCUGGAGGCUGCAGGAAGCUGUCCUCAGACCAUAGGACACCGACUCUGCAGAACAUCACGAGGAACAGCAUGGGGCUCUGCCAGUGUGAGAGCUGGAACUGAGCCACCAGCAAUAUCAGCAACCCCAUUCUCGUCAGAGUCAUUUAUGGCCUAGACCCUCCCAUGGUCAACCCUCCAGACCCAGAGGACAGGGCUGCAGCCCUCACCCUGUCCUGCUUUGCUGACUCAAAGCCCCCUGCCCAGUACCAUUGGGAGGUCGAUGGGAAGUCAGGCCCUGCCACUCAGCACCUGGUCAUCCCUGAGGUCUCCCUGGGCCAGGAGGGCAGGUAUACCUGUGAAGUCUCCAAAAGCAUCACUUACCUUUGCAGCUCAGCCAGUGGAAAGAUCUGGAUCUCAGAGGCUCCAGAGAAUGACCUGCAGCCGGCCUUGCUCAGGACCGCCAUUCCUGGUGGGGGCAUCGCGGGGAUCACAUUGGGUGUCCUGAUCAGCAUGGCACUCACAGGGACGGCCGGCUACUUCGUCGGGGUCUUGAGGUCCCAGGUAUCAGCUCUGGGCUCUUCAGUGGUCACAGAGCUGGGACUGAGUGUCUGGGGAGUUCAGAGGGGGCUGCAGUUCUGGGAGCUGUGUUGUUCUGGAUACUGUAUCGAGACUCAGACCACCCGAUUUAGUCCUGCAUCCAUGCGCACCCCAGCACUCUGA